AUGAUGAUAUCCUCCGGCAUCCACUUCCUCGCUCUGCUUUCCUUGGGGAGCGGGAAGGCGAAGCAGGGAUGCCCCGUCCAAGACACCCGGCCGUGCAGCUGCGCCAUGUAUGUACUGGGUGGUCAGCUGGAUUGUUCGGGCGCCGGAGGGAGCGAGGAGGUCUUAGCGGCGUUGGGAAGGGCUUCGUGGCCUUCCACUAAUCUCUGGCGAUUUGCUCUGCACGAUAACAAAGAGAUCGAGGAACUCCCAUUCUUGGGGAAUCUUUCCUUCCUGAAGAUAUGGGUGAACAACACCGCCCUGAAGGCGAUCCUCCCUUCCACCAUCCUCCCCUCCAGGGACCGACUCGUCGACCUCUCGAUCCAGAACAGCCACCUGGAGGCGUUCCCCUUCCACAUCCUGCCCAUGUUCCCCGUCCUGAAGGAACUCUGGCUCCACGGGAAUUCCUUCACCUCCGUCCCUGCCAUCCAGAGCGACAGCCUCGAGAAACUCUCGUUGGAACAAAACGUCAUCGGGAAAGUGGAAGAAGACGGGUGGGCGACUCCCAACAUGCGAGCGAUCUCUUUUGGUUCCAAUCCGCUGUCGGAGUUCCCAUCCGCAUUGAUCAAGGGCCUGACGAAACUGGAGAAGUCUUGGCGCUCCGAGUGCAACCUGGGACCCACCCUCCCCAGCAGACUGCUGGAAUUCCAGAGCAAGGCCUUGAAGCAGGUCUGGCUCUGGAGCAACCACAUCGCCAGGCUCGAGCCGAAAGCCAUCACGGGCCUCAGGCCCGACACCGAAUUGUAUCUGAACGAAAACGAGAUGACCGCAGUGACCGAGGAGAGCUUCCGCCCGGUGCUGGAGGUCUUGGCGGUGGGUCGUGGGUUCCUGGAGCUGUGGGGCAAUCCCAUCAAGUGCGACUCUGGCAUGGCUUGGCUGCUGCUCGAUCGGACGCUUCUCACGAGCAUACGGGGAAGUUGCGAGAAUGGAACCGAAUUGAAGGACCUGGAUCUGGACUGUCCUCACCGAUGCGUCAACAUGCAGCUGCUUGUCUCUCUGCAUCCCCGGGACGCGGUUCCCCCAAAGUCAAAGCUGACGAAUGAGACUUGCUGGAAUGAAGACGGCAAAACUCCCACGGACGCAGACCGCCGACGAAAUUGUUGGGACGCAGCACUCGUCGAUUCCGCUGGGAAAACGCUAUGCGGUGGAGCUCUCAUCGAACGCCGAUUCAUCUCCACCACUGCCUCUUGUUUCCUGUACUUCAGCGAGUCUGAGCUCGGGUCGCUGUCCAUCAUAGUGGCUGGAAAUUCCACUCAACAUCGCGCUCACAGAAACUUCUCACAUCUCAGUUUUCUUGGAGAGACCCUCGACUUUGACUUGGGGAUGAUGAGCCUUGAGAAACCAGUGAAGGCAGAUGCAGGAGGAUGUCUCCUGUGCACCCAGAAUGUUGGCGGUGCCCAGAACUUCUCCGACUGCGAGCUCAUCAGUCAUAUCAAAGCCGAUGGGACGAAGGUGGCGAUAGAACCUGUAUCGUAUCCAGCCUCGAUCGUGAAUUCCAGCAUAUGCGAGGAGAGAAUCGCCCACGGGAAUCCUCUCCCGCUCAAUUCCAUCUGCGUCUCCUUCUUCACAGUCUGGUGUGGCGAUCCUGGUGCCUCUCUUAUCUGCAAGGACCCCAGCACUGGUUUCUACCAGUUGGCAGGUCACUUGUCCAUUCCAUCCGGAGGCUGGCAUGAUGAAUACUCUCCAGGGAUCUUCUCCAAUACGACUUCCAUUACGGCGGUGACCUUCUACCAGACGACCAUACGCCAAUUUGCUCUAAUAGUAUGUGGAAGGAGAGUGAAUCCCGUGAAAUUAUCGGCUGGGGGAAAGCCCUCAGACAUCGGCGAAUGGCCUUGGCAGGCAGCCAUUUAUGAUGCGGAGAAGGAGGACGUCGUUUGUGGAGGGGCUCUCAUCGGGAUGCAGUGGGUGCUGACUGCUGCUCAUUGCGUCGCUGUAGACGGGACUUCGAGAGCUCGGGAUCCAAAAUUCUUAAGCAUUCAUCUUGGGAAAUACUUUCGAAAUGAUUCGAGGAACGAUGAAUUGCUGCAACAGAAGCAGGUCCAUCAGGUUUUCCAGCACGAAGACUUCACCGUGCACAACUACGACUCAGACAUCGCGUUGCUGAAAUUGUCGGAACCUUCUUUAUUAACCUCAAGAGUUCAGUUGGUCUGUCUCUCAAACCGAUUUGACCUAUCUGAGGUAAAUCUGCAGGACGGAAAUACAGGAUGGGUGGCCGGUUGGGGCUACAACGGAUCGGAUCUCCUCUCGGCUGUUUUGACGGAGUUGGAACUCCCCGUGGUUUCUAAUGUCAUUUGUCAUCGGGAUACAAUUUAUCAUGCAGGAGACAGCUCCGUCACUCGUUCCCUCACCUCAAACAUGUUCUGUGCUGGCCACGAUAGGAAUACUCCUGUGGAAAGGUAUCAAACGGUGUGUCAAGGGGAUUCCGGAAGUCCCAUGGUUUUCCGUAACAAUGCCCUUUCCGAAAGCCCUUGGCAUGUGGAAGGGAUCGUGAGUCAUUUUUUCACAAAGGCGAAAUGCUCUGCGCGAGGUCCAGGCCAAUACAGCAUAUUUACCAAAGUCAAUCGGUUCACUCACUGGAUUACAAGGAAGAUGUUGGAGAAUGCCGAAUGAAUACUUUCGCCCUCAUUGGGGGC